GUCAUCUCUGUGACCGUUGUCAAAACAUGGAAGCGAUUAGUCGGGCGAAUUAUUGAAAAUCUAAACAAGCUUUGCAGUUUCUUUAAUUCUAAUUACGAAAAUGGGUUUAUUUGGCAAAUCUCCUGAAAGAAAUCCGAAGGAAAUGGUAAAUGAAUGGUCACAUAAAUUACGAAAAGAAGGCUACAAUUUAGAUAGGCAAAUACGAGGUAUACAACGAGAAGAAGACAAAAUUAAACGAUCACUUAAGGAAGCAGCUGCAAAAAAUGAUAAACAAGUGUGUACCAUAUUAGCUAAGGAAAUCAUCAGAUCUCGGAAAGCAAUCAGCAAAAUAUAUACAAGUAAAGCACACCUCAAUUCAGUUCAGAUGCAGAUGAAGAACCAGUUAGCAACCCUAAGAGUAGCUGGAUCCUUACAGAAAUCAACAGAGGUAAUGCAAGCAAUGCAGGCAUUGGUACGUUUACCAGAAGUAGCUCAUACUAUGCAGGAGCUAAGUAAAGAAAUGAUGCGAGCUGGUAUCAUUGAAGAGAUGCUUGAUGAAACCAUGUCUGGAAUGGAGGAUGAAGAAGAAAUGGAAGAAGCGGCACAGGGUGAAGUUGACAAGGUUUUAUGGGAGUUGACACAAGGCAAGCUGGGCGAAGCCCCGGCUCCUCCUAUGGCAGUUGGUGUUCCUUCUACAUCGAAAGAAGCAGAAGUCCCAGAGCCGGAUGAAAAUGAACUCGACGAGAUGCAAUCAAGGCUAGAAGCACUACGCUCCUAGACUGAAGCAGGGUCUACAUGCGACUAAAUCGCAAUCGCCUUAUAAAUAACGUGUACAUAUUAAUUAACUUAACAGUUAGUUUGCGGUAUUAAAGAGUUGUUGAAGAGAUUUUCCGCAUUUUGUGAUGCCUUUUAUAAAUUAUAUUGAUGUUUUGUAUAUUAUUGAUCUGUUUUAAUGUAAAAAUAUAAGAUUUUUAUGUGUAUACCUGUGUACAUAACACAGUGGAACUAACAAAACUAAUGAAUUAUUCAUUAUGAAGAUUUCAUUUUACUCUAUAUAAAUUUUAUUAUAUUAAAAGAAAGAAACAACUGCUCUUAUAAAUGUCACUUGCUACUUUUCUUAACAACCUGACUACAUGCCUUAACUACUUGGCUAAGAGGUAAAAUAAAUUAUUUCUUGUAAGUUACCAGUUCAUGAUACCCAUAGUUACCAGACUAUCGGUCUGUUGCACAAACGUCUAUUAAGAUUUAAUGACGCCUUUAAGUUCUAAUGGAUGUCGUAUUUGUAUGGGUAAUGUAACUAAUGAAUAAAUAAAAUUUAAUGGAUGUUUGUGCAACUGGCUGUAUAUCUGAUAAAUACGUUGUUUAUGACAGUAAUACAAAGUUAGACACAUUAAGUCAUUCAAAUGUUCUAAUUUGUUUUACAAACAAAAAAUUUUAUCUGAUAUUAAUAACAAAAAAUUACAUGUU